AUGAAUGGCCAGCAGAUGUUUAGCACCCCAAUAAAAGAAUGCGAGGGGGCUCGUUGGGUUCAGCUGGAGUAUGCAGGAACCAAUCAGAAAAGUUUGUCCGGCAAAUAA